AGUGGCAGCGCGACAUAACCUAUUACAAAAUGAUUCGUGGUUUUUCGUAAAUGAGACCAAAACCUAUUUAAUACGCGAGGUUCUUGUAUCGUAAUUUUACAUUCGGUUAGUUGCCGUUCGGUGAAACGCGAUAAUCGUUCCUCCGAGGGGACGUGUUGCGUAUUAUUACGGAAAUAAACUAUACAGGGGCCCGUUGACAUAUCGUGUACUUUCUUCAUCUCGUGUAUUAUGGCUCAGCGUGGAAUAGCCGCUUAAGUUGACCCCUCUAUGUGAUCUUUAUGAUUCCUUGGAAUAACUUGUUAACAAAAUUCAGCGUAGUUUCUUUGAGAACGGGUUCGUGAACGAAAUUCCCGUGGUGCGAAGAAAAAGCCAUAGUAUAUUAGAAAAGCGGUGUGUAAUUGGCCCUCGACGAGGGAGAAUCGAAAGCGUCGAAAGUAACGAGUCAUCUACCGAUUCAAGAUGGCAGAAGGCCAGGAUACUCGAAAGAAAAUCACGGUUAACGUCAAAACGCCAAAAGAAAAACAGACCAUCGAGAUCGAGGAGGAUGCUAGUAUCAAAGACUUCAAAGAGGCGGUGUCGAAGAAGUUCAACGUUCAAACGGAACAGUUGUGCUUGAUCUUUGCUGGAAAGAUUAUGAAAGAUCAUGAAAGUCUAAGAACGCAUAAUGUCACAGAUGGCUUGACGGUUCAUCUAGUUAUCAAAGCACCGCGUACUCCUUCUAAUCAGAAUCAAGACUCAACACCAACGCAGAGACCGCAAGCUGACAUAAGUGCCAGUCCUUUCGGAUUAGGCAGUUUAGGAGGACUGGUAGGAUUGGAAUCGCUUGGCUUGGGUUCUGGUAAUUUCAUAGAUUUGCAACAGCGUAUGCAACGUGAGCUAUUCUCAAAUCCCGAGACGAUGCGUGUGAUACUUGAUAACCCGUUGGUGCAAAAUUUGAUGAAUGAUCCUGAAAAUAUGCGCAAUUUGAUAACAACUAAUCCCCAGAUUGAGGAGCUGAUGCAACGCAAUCCAGAAAUUAGUCAUAUGUUGAACAAUCCAGAAUUGUUAAGACAAACAAUGGAAUUGGCACGCAAUCCAUCUAUGUUACAAGAAUUAAUGCGUUCACAUGACAGAGCUCUAUCCAAUUUAGAAAGCAUUCCUGGUGGCUAUAGUGCGCUUCGUCGCAUGUAUCGCGAUAUUCAGGAACCCAUGAUUGCAGCAGCAGCCAACGAACGUAAUCCCUUUGCUGCAUUAGUGGAGAAUAAUAGUAGCCAAGAUAGUCAGACUAAUCCACAGCAAGGUCAAGAGAACAGGGAUCCAUUACCGAAUCCUUGGGGUCAGAGUCAGACUAAUUCUUCUGAUCAACCGCAAGGAAGAGGCCUGUUAGAUUCGCCAGGAAUGCAAAGCCUUGUCACUCAAAUGAUGGAGAAUCCACAGCUAAUGCGAACCAUGUUGAAUGCUCCUUAUACAAGGUCUAUGUUAGAAGCCAUGGCAGCAGAUCCUGCCAUGGCUAGCAGAGUGAUCGCUGCUAAUCCUUUCCUUAGAGGAAGUCCACAGAUGCAAGAACAAAUGAGAGCUAUGAUGCCUGCAUUUAUCCAGCAAAUGCAAAAUCCACAAAUUCAGAACGUCAUUACAAAUCCAGAUGCUUUAGCUGCUAUUAUGCAAAUUCAGCAGGGUAUGGAACAAUUACGUACUGUUGCUCCAGAACUUGUUGAAAAUAUGGGUUUGACUGUUCCACCCACGGCAACAACACCAACUGCUGCUACAACAAAUGCAACAACACCAACCACACAAUCAUCAGACACGAAUCAACAAGACGCAUUCUCCCAGUUCAUGGCGCGCAUGGUAUCGGCAAUGGCUUUAAAUCAAGGCGUAGAAGUGGAUGGCCAACCUGUGCCUCCACCGGAAGAACGUUAUAGAGCACAGUUAGAGCAACUCACAGCCAUGGGAUUUGUUAAUAGAGACGCUAAUUUACAAGCAUUAAUUGCCACAUUCGGAGACAUAAACGCUGCUGUUGAACGGCUAUUGUCUAAUGGACAAGUGUCCAUGAGCUAACCACCAAUAUGUAAUACUGUUAUUCCAUUACUAUUUUUAAUUUUUUCCUUAUUUACCUCUUGCAACAGGCGUGGUGAGAGAUAUUUGAGGUAACUGGCUGUCAGAAAAUUAUAAACUUCUACCCCAACUCUUGACAGAAUACACGCUACUGACUCGUUCAAUAUGCAUUUUUAUUUUGGAUUCGGCACUUCAUCGUACGCGAUACGAGAAGUACCGUUAUGUAAAUGUUUAACUUGUUCACGUGUUUCACUUUCAAAAUUUCCUAGUUUAAUUCUUUGUUCUGUACGUUUUCCUCGAUGUGCUCUAAGUACUAGGUAGCUCUGUUAAUGUAUUUCGUCGGUGUAAAUUUGCUUAUCAUGCAUUCAAGAGAAUUAUAUUGUUAGAAUGUAAUACCGGGGGGGCGAGGAGGGACGGGAGGAACGGGAGGAACGUGUUGCUCCAUCUUCUUUCUUAUUGUACAUUUUUGGUGUUUCUUAGAAACAAUGGAACCUGCAUGGAAAAUAGAUUGCCGUUAAAUAAAUACAAUGCUUCUGGCUUGAUCAGUCGAAUCACGAAUUUUCACGGAGGACAAUUAUGUUUGCUUGAAUGUACGUAAUCAUCAUACUAGUAAAUGUACUGCAUGGAGCGUUAAAUAUGUUCGCAACAACAGAAACGAGGGUUACGGGGUAAUUAUCAAUCGCUAAGCAACAUUUGGUGUAUAGGCAUUAAAGAUUCGUCGAAGGUUACAAAUUAAAGUGAGCCAACGUAAAUCCAUAGUAUGAUUAUUUGUUCCUCUUUAAAAAGAAAAAAGAAAAAAAGAAAGAAAAAGGAAAAUAUUCGAUGAUGCGUUAGCAUUUUUCCAUGUAAGUUUUAUACGUAAGACAGGUGAGAAGGGUAAUUCUGUUUGUUUCAUCUUUAUGCCGACGCACAUUGUUUUCUCUUCUUUUUCGUUUCCUUCGUUUUUCUUUUUUAUUGUAUACGCAAUAAAAGGAAAAAAAAACGGUAACUAUGCACUACAUGUCUUAAGAUACAAAUUUA